AUGAAGGUGAUCAAGGGGCUGGAGAAACUGCCCCAUGAGGAAGUUAAGACUGAAGGAGUUUGGUUUCUUCUCACUGGAGAAGAGCUGGCUCAGCAGGGGACUUCAUCACAGUAUUCCAGAUGGAGACUUGGAAGUAGUCGGUGGCUUCGAGUUUCUGUGGCAGUUUCUUCUUGGCUGUCUGAUUUCAAAGCAAAAUUGUCACUCAAAGCAGAGGGGAAGGGAUGGUUACUUGGGACUUGUGCCAAUCUUUCAGAAGAAGAAAAAAUUCAGCGUUACAGCAUUCUUUCUGAGCUGUAUGAACGAAUUGGUUUUCACCGAAAGUCCGCUUUUUUCAAGCGUAUAGCAGCAAUGCAGUGCGCUGCCCCCAGCAUCCCAGAACCUGGGUGGAGGGCCUGCUACAAACUGCUUUUGGAAACCCUCCCUGGCUAUAGCUUAUCCUUGGAUCCUAAAGAUUUCAGCAAAGGGACUCAUAGAGGAUGGGCUGCAGUACAGAUGCGUUUGCUUCAUGAACUAGUCUAUGCUUCCAGAAGAAUGGGCAAUCCUGCUCUAUGUGUCAGGCAUCUGUCUUUCCUUCUCCAGACCAUGCUGGAUUUUCUUUCUGAUCAAGAAAAGAAAGAUGUAACACAGAGCUUGGAAAGCUACACAGCAAAAUGCCCUGGUACAAUGGAAUUCAUCACUCUUCCAGAUGGUUUGAAGUUACCUCCUGUUCCCUUCACCAAAUUACCCAUUGUGAG